UUUUUAGAUAAUCCUUGUAUUCAAAAUUAAGUGGUUAUUGUAGUUCACUCUAUUUUUGAUGUCGAUGCUCGCCUAGCAGGGAAAGGAGAUCAAGUGACCACAGCAGGUUAUGAUUUUUUUCAAACACUCCUUUAUUCACAUUCGUACAUUACCUUCUUCAUGGCAACAACAGCAUCUACAGCAUCACGAACACCCCAGCUCCUUACAGAGGAACUACGGGCAAAAACGAAAGGCUUGCACGGAAAAUUGGACAGACUGGUGCAGCUUGGUCUUUUCACUGUGCUUGACUACAGGAUUUAUCGCCAACUUCUUCUCGGAUUUUACUAUGUAUACAAGACGUUUGAAGAGGAGUAUGAAAAUCACCUGAAAAAGGUUUCUCAGAUCCAUCCCUGGGUUUUGCAUGCGUAUGCGCCAGAGUUACGAAGAACUGAGGCAUUCGAGGCAGAUUUAGCAUACUUUUAUGGCGAGGACUGGAAACAGAACGUUUCCCCAUCAAAGUCCUUACAACAGUACAUGGAACAUAUUCGCGACAUUGGAAAACAUCAUCCAGAGAAACUGGUAGCCUUCCCAGCAACAAUGUAUUUGGGCAUAUUUUUCGGAGGUCAGAUUGUCCGAUCGAAAAUUGUAAAGGCGACAAGCUUCUUCCCUUCACCGCCUAAUAAGAAAUUGGGGGGUGAGCAUGAUGGCGGAAUUGCUAUCUUCACAUUCCGUGAAAAAGCGCCACCGUCAUCAUCUUCUCCUUCAUCGUUGGGCAAUGUAACCAUCAGCAGUAACAAUUACAAUGACAACCAAAAGGGCAAGAAGAAGGAUCCCAUUAAGCUAAGAAAUGAACUAAAGACUCAACUUAAUUCUAUUCCAGGACUGGAUGAUACUUCAGAAAAGGCUAUCAAGGAACGGCAGGCUAUCGUAGAUGAAGCUAGAGAAAUCUUUGCCAGAAACAUGGAUCUGAUAACCGAGGUGGAUGGUGUCUCCAAAGUAUGGACCCGCUGGAUCAUUAGAUUUUUCUUAUACCUCGCCAUAGCUGUGGCUCUAUAUCAAUUCCUGACGAAAGAGUCAUCAUUCGGCAACCCUUUGCAUUUGUAGCAGAUUACAUAUGAGCAGUAAAUAUAUGAAUCCAAAUCAAACCAAAUACAGCUAUUAUUCAAACGAACAAC